ACGUAGAAUGAUAAAAUCUGCAGUAACACUCAGGAAUUUCUUGUACUCCACCUCAACUUUCAUCUUCAACGAUACAAAGUACAUCUGAAUCACAUCAAUGAAGGAUCAAGUAGAAAAAGAGAAGAUAAGUCAUGUUUUCGAAGAAGUUGUUUAUAUACCAACUACUUACGAUCUCAAAGAUCAAGAACUUUCAUCCGACAAGAAGAAUAAAAGCGAUACGGCAUUUCUGUACUUUUCUGCAUUAACAGCACUGCUGCUCAUAUUCUCAUUGGGAUGCAAUUUUGUAUGGACUUCACCCGUCUUGCCGAAAUUGAAAGAUAGUGAUCCAAAUGUCAACCCAUUAGGAGAACCCAUUGAAACAAGUCAAAUAUCUUUGAUGGUAGGAAUACCGUCAGUACUAUCUUUAUUCUCAACUUUUUUUUUGGCAAAAUUGCCAGAUAUUCUAGGGAGAAGGGGAACUAUGAAAUACAUGUCGAUUGGAAUGAUAAUUUCGAAUAUUGCCGUGGCUUUUGGAACACAUAUAUACAUUUACUACGUAGCACAAACCGUAUUCUACAUAUUUGCAGGAACAGCUUCGAUAGCAGUACAGGUAUACAUGAGCGAAAUUGUAGAAGAUCACAAUAGAGGGAAAUUUGGCUGUCUCAUGGGUGUUGCUCUACCAUUGGGCUGCCUAUAUUCUUUCGUUGUGGGUCCUGUAACUACGGUUCGAGAUUUCACUUUACUGUGUACAGUACCUUCAGUCAUCAGUCUGAUUUUUUUCUAUACUUCUGUACCCGAGUCACCAGUGUAUCUAGCAAUGAAAGGAAGGAAAGAAGAAACAAUAAGAGCGUUAAGGAAAUUGAGAAACAAUAAAAGCAGCAAAGAAAUUGAACAAGAUUAUUCAAAAAUUGAGGAUUUAUCGAAAACCAGAACAAAGUCGGAGAAACAUGGAUUCGUGAACCUUUUUAAUAGGCCAGUACUGAGAAAGGCGAUGAUGGUUGCCUUGAUAGCGAAUAUGACACAACAUUUAUCUGGAGUUGCUGUAAUUAUGCCGUUUUUGGGUCCCAUUUUCACGGAAGCUGGCACACAAUUAUCUGGAAACACAGUGGCAAUUAUUGUGGGGAUUGUGAAGGUUUCUGUGUUUUAUUCAACCUCUCACAUUGUAGAGCGAAUAGGAAGAAGGCCUUUACUUUUAUUUUCUUCUUGCUCAACUGGCAUUCCGCUGUUUCUCCUCGGAUUAUAUUUUUUCUGGAAAAAUAACAAUUCAGAUUUCAUUGAAAACAUACGAUUAUUACCAAUCGUAUCUAUUCUUACCUAUGUGGUGGUUUAUUCUUUGGGACUAGGACCAAUUCCAAUGGCAAUGAUUGGUGAACUCUUUCCAAGUGAUAUCAAAUCGGUAGCUACAACUUUCAUCAUGACUAUCGUCUCAAUUUUAAUAACAAUAAUGACUACUGUGUAUCCUAUCGCUGCCGAGUAUUUUGGAAUACAAUGGUGCAUCUGGACGUUUUCAUUCUGCUGCUUCUUGGGUUCUAUUUUCAUCUACUUCAGUUUACCUGAAACAAAAGGAAAAUCAUUCAGGGAAAUUGAAGAGAUUUUGAGUCGGUGAAGAAGGAGUGUGUUCCAGGUAUUGUAUUCAUUGAGAACAGGCAUUUAACAAAAGUCUGUGAUCACAUUUAAUGGAAAUAUUUCUGCAAGUUGGAUUUUUGAAAUAAGAUAAUCCAAUUUUUUAAUCAAGUGAACGAAUUUGAUUCCAUGAGGUGAAUAAAAUAUAUAGUACAUUUU